UGUACCUAUAAAGUCAGGUUAAAUGGCUCCCUCCUCCAGGCUUUCCUGCUGCUGUCUUGGUUACAGGAUAAGUUAGUUAUCAAAAGUAAUAUAGAACAUUGGCAGCUGAAGUCCAGGUCUGAAGCAGGUGGUAUCAGUCAUUGGUGGGGCAGCCAGGAGCCAAGGAGGAUGAGAAGGUUCUUGAGAGCUGGACAUGACCAGGUCCGGGAGCGACUGAAACAGGAUCUCUUUAAAUUUAACAAGACUGUGGAACAUGGGUUCCCCCACCAGCCCAGUGCCCUGGGCUACAGCCCCUGCCUCCGGAUCAUGGCUAUUGGGACCCGGUCUGGAGCCAUCAAGCUCUAUGGUGCCCCCGGCGUGGAGUUCAUGGGUCUUCACCGGGAGAACAAUGCUGUGGUACAAAUCCACUUCCUCCCUGGCCAGUGCCAACUGAUCACCUUACUGGAUGACAACAGUCUGCACCUCUGGAGCCUAAACCAGAGAAAUGGGGUAUCUGAGCUGCAUGAAGAGAAAUUCUCCACACUUCGGGGCCCCCCAGGGGCUGCCCCCAGCGCCACCCAGAUCACAGUGAUUCUGCCUCAUUCCUCCCAAGAGCUGCUAUAUCUGGGCACUGAAAGUGGUAACAUAUUUGUGGAGAAGCUGCCCUCUUUCCAGAUGCUAGAGGACCAGACUAUCAGUACUGAGGCUGUCUUGCAAUGGUUGCCCAAGGAUGCACAGCACUGGCGGGCAUUUGAGAUGGUGGAAGCACUACAGGAACACCCACAGGACCCUACCCAGGUCCUGAUUGGCUAUAGCAGGGGCCUCAUUGUUAUCUGGGACCUUCAAAAGAGCCGGGUGCUGCAACACUUCCUGAGUGGCCAGCAACUGGAGAAUGUCUGCUGGCAGCGAGACGGGGGUUGCAUUGUCAGUUGCCAUUAUGAUGGGAGUUACUGCCAGUGGAAAGUGUCCAGUGAAGCCCAGCAUCCUGAGCCGGUGCAAAGCAGAGUGCCUUAUGGUCCUUAUCCUUGUAAAGCUAUUUCUAAAAUCUUUUGGCUGAAGACCAGGAAAGGGCUGCCCUACAUCAUCUUCCAGGGCGGCAUGCCCCGAGCCAGCUAUGGAGACCGGCACAGCAUCUCCGUGACUCAUGGGAGCCAGGAGACAGCGUUUGACUUCACCUCUCGCGUCAUUGACUUCACCGUCCUCGCAGAAGCCGACUCUGACUUUGAUGAGCCAUAUGCUAUGGUGGUGCUGGCAGAAGAGGAGUUGGUGGUGAUUGACUUGAAGACAGCAGGCUGGCCAGCCAUCCAAGCCCCGUACCUAGCAUCUCUCCACUGUUCUGCCAUCACCUGCUCUCACCACGUCUCUAGCAUCUCCCUGAAGCUGUGGGAGAGGAUCAUUGCAGCUGGAAACAAACAGAAUUCUCGCUAUUCCACCAUGGUGUGGCCCAUCGAUGGGGGCACCAGUCUGGCCCCGGAUCCACCUCAGAGGGACUUGCUGCUCACUGGACAUGAGGAUGGCACAGUGAGGUUCUGGGAUGCCUCAGGCGUCUGCCUACGCCUGCUCUAUAAGCUAAGCACAGUCCGUGUGUUCCUCACUGACACUGACCCCAACGACAACCUCAAUGCACUGGGGGAGGAUGAGUGGCCCCCCCUGAGGAAGGUUGGCUCCUUUGAUCCCUAUAGCGAUGACCCACGACUGGGGAUUCAGAAGAUCUUCCUUUGCAAAUACAGCGGUUACUUGGCAGUGGCAGGGACUGCAGGGCAGGUGCUCGUGUUAGAGUUGAAUGAUGAGGAGGCAGAGCAGGCGGUGGACCAUGUGGAAGCUAACCUGUUGCAGGAUCAAGAAGGCUAUCGGUGGAAGGGGCAUGAGAGGCUUCGGGCUCGGCAAGGGCCCAUCCGCUUCGAGCCUGGCUUCCAGCCUUUCAUCCUAAUUCAGUGCCAGCCCCCGGCAGUGGUCACCUCCCUGGCCCUGCACUCGGAGUGGAAGCUUGUGGCCUUUGGAACAAGUCAUGGCUUUGGGCUUUUUGAUCACCAGCAGAAGAAACAGAUUUUUGUCAAAUGUACACUGCACCCCAGUGACCAACUAGCCAUGGAGGGUCCCCUGUCCCGGGUAAAGUCUCUGAAGAAAUCCUUGAGGCAGUCAUUCCGAAGAAUGAGCCGGAGCAGGACAUCCGGUCGCAAGCGGCGCAUGGCUGGCAACUUAGGAGAGUUGCAGGAGCCGAAUGCCAGGGCAGAUCGAGUAGGCUUGCAAAACAUGGAACUGGCCCCAGUGCAGAGGAAGAUUGAGGCGAGGUCGGCAGAGGACUCAUUCACCGGCUUUGUCCGGACCCUCUACUUCGCUGACACCUACCUUCGGGACAAUUCUUGCCACUGCCCUUCCUUGUGGGUGGGCACCAAUGGCGGUACGGUCUAUGCCUUUUCCUUGCGUGUCCCACCUCCUGAUAGGAGAAUGGAGGAACCGAUCAGAGCUGAACAGGCCAAGGAAAUCCAGCUGAUGCACCGUGCCCCCGUCAUAGGCAUCCUGGUCCUGGAUGGGCGAGGCUUGCCCCUCCCUGAGCCCCUGGAGGCAGCCCACGACCUCUCGAAGAGCCCAGACAUGCAGGGCAGCCACCAGCUCCUUGUUGUGUCUGAGGAGCAGUUCAAGGUGUUCACUCUGCCCAAGGUUAGCGCAAAGCUGAAACUCAAACUCACUGCAUUGGAGGGCUCACGGGUACGGCGGGUCAGUGUAGCCCACUUUGGCAGCUGCAAGGCAGAAGACUAUGGAGAACACCACCUAACGGUCCUCACAAAUCUGGGUGAUGUGCAGGUAGUCUCCCUGCCCUUCCUCAAGCCCCAGGUACGAUACGGCUGCAUCCGUAAGGAGGACGUUAGUGGUAUCGCUUCCUGUGUCUUCACCAAAUAUGGCCAAGGCUUCUACCUGAUCUCGCCCUCGGAGUUUGAGAGGUUCUCUCUCUCCACAAAAUGGCUGGUUGAGCCUCGUUGUAUAGUGGAUACAGCAGAAAACAAGAACCACUGCUCUCCCCGCAACGGAUCAGGCGUCAAGAAGGCCCCAGGCAAAGCCAGGAACUCGGAGAGCUUGGGAGAUGGAGGCGGGAGGAGUCAGGAACCAUUGAUGGAACGGGCCCUACUCAAUGAUGAGAGAGUCCUGAAGGAGAUCCAGAGCACUUUGGAAGGUGACAGAGGUAGAGUGAUCGUUGCAGAUACAGAGGCUGCUCAAAGACUUAAGUGCCACAACACUACUGAAGGUCCUACCACGGAGGGUGCUGACCCUGGUGGAGGUCUGGGCGGGGCCCAUCCAGGAUUGGACAGGAGUACCCCCCUGGCCUGCACCUCUGCUGCUUCUUCAGCCUCUCCAACAACCACCAUCCCCUUCCCCCACCCUCUUCGGUAGGGGGUAAGGUUGGAAUCCAGAGACAUCCCCAAUGGACAGGAUGACCCCUUCCCCUACUCCUUGUCUGUCUUAGUCCCUGUUGUCAACGUUUGCACAGUUUUUAUUCUCUUCCCCCUCCCCUCUCCUUUUGUAGUGGGAUAAGUUUUAAAUUAUAAAUUUUAACUGCCUCUGGGUGAAAAAGUUUUUAAUAAAUACCUUAUUACCUCUUCGCUGGACUGACACAAUGAUGAUUUAUUUGGUACUUUUUAAAAAAAUCCUGUAGGGUUUUACAUUUAAAUGAAUAUGGAUUUUUAGAAAUGUACUGUCAACUGAGUCCCUGAGGGAGCUGGGACCCCCUAAGGGCUAAGGGCAUAGGAUCUUAUCCCCUAAAUCCGGGGGGGGGGGACCCUAUUCUUGUAGCUGUUUUAAAACAGAGCAAACCAUGUCUAAACACUGUGGCCUGGUCUUUUUGGAAUAAAAGGACUAGUGUGUUUAUUAUCCUAA